UGGAGGAAUAGUGAAAAACUGUAAGAUCUGGUCAAAUACAGAGAUAAAAUUCUAAAGCAGCUCCAAAGUUGCCUUAUAGCUUUGUAAUUGUGAAUUCUGCAAGGUCACAGACUGUAAAUCUGUAUGUUUCUAGCCAAACCUGAAUAUUAUAAUCCUUUAGACAAAUACUGUAACCAAAUCUGAGAUUUGGUCUGAGCCACACCAAGAUUUCUCUGAGAAGUUUAGAAAGUGAGUGGGUCUCACUGAAGCUUGUGACUCAAUGAGAGGGACUGUUCCUAUAUACACAAUAUUUUGUAAUAGAUGGUAGAGUUGUUGUUUAGGUACUGCAUUUAAAAACUUCAUUAGCCAUAAAUCUAAUCAUAAUCACCCACGUAAUCGCUGUGUCCUACUUCUCAUGUCUGGCCAAGAACCUUCCCCUUGACCACUCUGUUACUCCUGGGCUGCACAAAAACCAGCAUUAAAAGAUGUCUUGACCACCAGCACAGCCUUGGUGCCUCUGUUUAGCAGGUGCUUGUGCCUCCUGGGGCUGGGGGAGAUCAGCACGAGUUUUGCCCUGCGACUCUGGGAAUUGUCUUCCCUGCGGUUUCAGGGAUGUCCGAGCGUGGCUGGUCAAAGCCCGGCUGAUGCCAUGCCUCCGUGACAGAUGCUGCCUGGCACGAUGGCAGGCACUGGUGUGGGGCCUCUGCACGCCACCCCGGGCCCGGGGCCACCCUGCAGUGCCCAUUCCCUCUGCUGGGCGCAGGGCCAGCACAGAAAUGCCUGCGGAGAUAGCACAGGCGCCAAGCCCCAUCAGCUGCCCUGUCCAUCUUUAGGCCGGGCUCGGGUUACCAUCCUCCUCCCACAGCUGCCUCCAGGGACGGGCAAAGCCACCUCCCGGCGCCUGGGCUGCAGGCGGUGGGGGAGCACAGGAGGCAUCCCGGGCAGGGAAAAGACUGAUGCGAUUUCUGUGCAAGGGGCGAAGGACGCUGCGAACACGCCUGAGCUAUGGCAUCGCUGUGCUACAACAAGGGCUGCGGGCAGAGGUUUGAUCCCGAGCACAACGCCGAGGAUUCCUGCCUGUAUCACCCGGGUGUCCCCAUUUUCCACGAUGCCCUGAAGGGCUGGUCUUGUUGCAAGAAACGCACAACGGACUUCUCUGAGUUCCUCUCCAUAAAGGGAUGCACAAAGGGGUUUCACAGCAAGGAGAAGCCCCCUGAGCCUUCCAGCCAAGAGAAGACCUCAGAUGAACCAAAGGCCAAACCAGUGAAGGAGCUCAUCUUCCAAGGACCAAAGUCAGCUGAGAAGAUGCUGCGGGAAAGACCGAGCUCUGAUGAGCCAAGACAACUGCUGCCAAUUAAAGUAUCCAGGUCUCUGGAGCAGGCACUGGAGAAACUGAACAUGUCCUCUGAGGACAAGACGCUCAAGAGCAGUUGUACAGGCGAGGAGGCUGCCCAGGUGAGAGCUGGCACCACGUGCAAGAACUCAGCCUGCAAGGCGAUCUACCAGGGCCCAGAGAGCGACACAGAGGUUUGUACAUUUCAUCCUGGCGUUCCUGUCUUCCAUGAGGGGAUGAAGUACUGGAGCUGCUGUGGAAUCAAAACCACAGACUUCAGUGCCUUUAUGGAGCAGCCGGGCUGCAGCCGUGGGUGUCACUGCUGGACAGAAAAGAAGGACAAGAAGGCGGUGCUGUGCCGGCAGGACUGGCACCAAACCGGCAGCCAGGUGGUGGUGACAGUCUAUGCCAAGAACCCCCUGCCUGCCCUCAGCAGCGUGAAGGCCAAUCGCACCGUGCUCGAGGCUCAUGUCAUCUUUGAAGGGAAUAAGAUUUUCCAGGAAGAACUGGAGCUCUGGGGGACCAUUGAUGUAGAGAAGAGCUUUGUGAGCAUGGUCCCAGCCAAGGUGGAGAUCACGCUUUGCAAAGCCAGCCCUGGCUCCUGGGCCAGGCUGGAGCUCCCCCAAAGCAAAUUGCAGUCCUGUGGUGAGCAAGAGAAGGAAGCUGCAAACACAGAGGAGCCCGGGGCCGUGCAGGAUGAGGACUCUGAUGACAGCUUGAGCUGGUCGGAGGAGGAAGAUGAAGAGCUGGAGAUGGGAACACCAGAUACGAUAACAUCAAGUAACUGAUGGUCAAGUGCUGCAGCAGCUGAGCACUGCUGGUCCUGAGCUGCUGGGCACCUUGGCACCAGCUCCAGAAGAGCAGACCUAGUCCAGAACCAUGUGCAGGCUGCAGCACGGCCUCUCCUCGGGUCAGAAGGGACAAUUAAUAAACACCCAGAGCAAAGGUUGUCCUCUGAAAUCCGUGAUGGGCGUCUGAGAAACAUCAGCGGGCCAAACCCUGCCUUCUGUCACUUCCUCUUCUUUGCCUGGCUGGGCUCUGUGUCUGCAGGAGGAGUCUCUGUGCCCGCACCUUCGGUGUCUGUGGGCACUGGGUGUUCAGAGCCCAGCGCCCUCCCUCACCCCGGCAUUUCUGGGGGUGGACACAGCCUUCCCCGCCGCUUCUGGGGGUGCUGAACCCCGGGCUGAGCUGAGUGUAAGCUCCUGCCGUCUCCCUCGCCCGGCGCUGGGGAAGCCGGGCCCUGCGGCUCUUUGUGGGGAGACCGCGGACACGGGAACGGCACCGCGGCCGGCAGCUCCAGCGGAGCCGUGCCGUUCCUGCGCAGCCCUUUAGAGGCGUGAAACCGCCCGGGGGAGCAGCGGGCGAUGCCGAAGGCGCCCCGGGGCCGGCGGAGGCGGGGGAUCUCCGCGGGAGCCGCGCUGUGUAACGCGGCACGGCGCCGGCAGCGCGGGCGGAGGGCGGCGCACGCCGCGGACCGGAGCGUCCGCCCGCGUGAAAAACCCAGCAAUCUUCCGCCACGGCGCCGCUUAAUUGGACAGCCUCGUGUAGAAGCUCAGUUUUGCCAUUCUUUCUUUUUUGCUGGCAUUAUCUUUGUUAGAAAUAUAUCGUCCUUAUUAAGAAUACAUGUUAGGUAUUUGUGUCUGUGCACACAGACACGCGUGCGUAAUUUCUGCUUAGGGGCUUUGAAGUGAAUCUACCGAGAAAUCACCCCAAGUCAGACCGAACCCCCUCGCUCAAGAUGUAUUCGGACAGCGCGUAAUUACAAAACAACGAAUUUAGCACCAGCAGGAUCACAGUGCCGCGGAUGGCGGGGCUGUAUCGGGGCAUGGCAGCACUACAGCGCGGCCGCAGCGCCGAGCCGGGCCCGAGGCGGCGCCGG